GCGUAGGCUCGGCGCGAGAAGAUGACGCCACUGCGCGGUCCGGCGCGGGCGGAAGCCCUGGGAGCGCAUCCCGGACUAGCUCGGGUGCAGGGCAUUCUGCUGAGGAGUGCUCUCUCUUCCGAGCGGGACCUGAAGCGCGGCACUAAGAUGGGAAACAGUGCCCUCCGAGCUCAUGUGGAAACGGCGCAGAAAACGGGUGUCUUUCAGCUUAAGGAUCGUGGACUGACCGAGUUCCCCGCAGAGUUGCAGAAGCUGACGAGCAACCUUAGGACUAUCGACUUGUCCAACAACAAGAUCGAGAAUCUCCCGCCUCUGCUGAUAGGGAAGUUCACUCUGCUGAAGAGCCUGUCCCUGAACAGCAACAAACUGACUGUUCUACCGGAUGAGUUAUGCAAUCUGAAAAAACUUGAGACGCUUAGCCUAAACAACAAUCUCCUAAGAGAACUGCCAGCUACCUUUGGGCAGCUCUCUGCCCUCAAGACCCUGAGCCUGUCUGGGAACCAACUGGGAGCACUGCCACCCCAACUUUGUAGCCUCCGGCACCUGGAUGUGAUGGAUCUCUCUAAGAACCGGAUUCGGAGUAUACCUGACCUAGUCGGGGAGCUGCAGGUCAUUGAGCUCAACCUCAACCAGAACCAGAUAUCUCAGAUCUCAGUAAAGAUAUCUUGCUGUCCUCGCCUUAAAGUUCUUCGCCUGGAGGAGAACUGUCUGGAACUCAGCAUGCUUCCACAGAGCAUCCUCAGUGAUUCCCAGAUCUGUCUGCUCGCUGUGGAAGGCAAUCUUUUUGAAAUAAAGAAACUUCGAGAACUGGAAGGCUAUGAUAAGUACAUGGAGAGGUUCACAGCCACCAAGAAGAAGUUUGCAUGAUCUCCAGGUCUGUGGGAACCUGACAUGGAACCCUGCUUGGAAACUGGCUGCAUCAGAGACUCCUGUUGUGCAUGCAGGAUAUUUGCAGUAAGAAGAUGACACUCCAGGAGAUCAUAUUUCACUCAAUAAUCUUCCUUUUCAGGGCUAUCUCACAUAAGCCAAAAGAAAAGGAGUCAGGAGACAUAAAGAGUGCUCCACUUCGAGUCACGGAUAGGCAAUGGACAGUGUUGCUCCUCAACACCAGUAUGUAGUUGCUAUUUAUGAGGUGCGGGAUGCUGCCUAACAGAAUAGCUGCACCACAGCUUGAGACUGCUUUAUUUCAAUGUGAGCUUUCAUAAAGUUGGCUGCCAUUCCACCUCUGUGUUCGUACUUCAUAUUUUUAUGACAUUCAUGUAAGUUGUGAGAAGCUGGUAUAGUUAAUCCUAGGAUUUAUUAUUCCAGUACAUCAGUUCAGUUGCAGUGUUUAUACUUUGAGUUUGGGAUGUAUCUGUAUGGCUGUCUUGACUAAAGUGUGCUUUAAUUAGAAAAGCACCAAUACUACACUAAGAGAUGCUCCUGAAGGCUGCAGUAGCAAUUUGUUUACUAUUGCAGGUGCCUUACUGGUGGAGGGCUCUGAAAAGCUAAAACUGUAUAUGCAACACUUAUAAAAUAUAAGAGAGAUUGUAAUAAUCAAGAUUUUCUUGAAGCUUUGUUAAACAAAUUAUGUCUUAUUUCUGGUAGUCUUUCCUCAUUUUUGUAUUUAUAACUCUACUAAUAAAAUUACCUUCAGAAAAUAAUUGCUAUAAUAUUUUUAAGAUGACCUAUGUUUAUUAAGUUUAUUCUCUGAAUGAGAAUGAUUCUUUACUAAAUAAAUAAUUUUUAAUGAA